CAAGCUUAGUAUAUAUAAAUUUAAAUUUAAAUUUAAAUAUAUAAAUGUUUACUCGUAAUAAAAAGAGCUAGUAACAAGUAACUUAUAUUUUAGAAAGAGGGCUGUUUUUUGAAAAAAAAUUUCUAUCAAAGGCCCAAAGUUCGUCCUUGAUCGAGUCCUUUUGGUUUUUCAGUUUCGGUCGAUCGUACACAUGAUUAAGUUUGUCGGUACCAUUGGACUUACAUAUCGACACUUGAAUUUAACUUUAGAUACGAAUUGAGAAGAAGAUGGAGGAAACCACGAUUGAUACAGUGGACUGGAUUUCGCAGCUUCCAGAUUUUAUUAUUCACCAUGUGCUGUCUUUUCUUUCCGAUGAUUCAAAAACGCUUGUUCGAGUGAGUGUAUUGUCGAAGAACUGGUAUUCUCUAACAGCUUCUCUACCGAUUUUGAAGUUUGACUGGUUACAUCUAGGGGAUAAUCUUUUCAAGUAUGUCAAGUAUACCACGUCAAGAUUAAACGAGCAAAAAUUCAGUCCACACACAUUUGACAUCUGUGCACGCAUACGUGAGCCUACCCAUAGAGAUAUUAUCGACAAAUGUGUGGGGUUUGUUCUUCAAAAAGGCGUGCAGGUGUUAGUUCUGAAUGUCUAUAGAUGUAAGGGUCAGCAAAUGUAUCGUUUGCCUAGCCAGCGCUUAUAUGCUUCUUCGUUAUUAUCUUUGACGAUUCAUUCAUGUGAGCUGCCUUCGUCAUUGAUGUUUGAUACUUUCACAAUCCCGUCUCUGAAGAUUUUGUCCCUUGAACAAGUACCGAUUUAUAAUGAUGAAGUGAUCACAUAUCUGACCGCUAAUUGCCCAGUUCUCGAGGAUCUUGAACUAGAAUUCUGCUAUGGGUUCAAAAGAAUUUGUGUUAAUGCUCAUCAAACCCUUCAAAAGGUUCAAAUUGGAUGUUCUGGUCCAAUUGAUAAAAUAGAUAUCCAAGCUCCAAAUAUAAGUUAUCUUCUGGUGGAUGCAAGCGCAUGGGAGCCGACAUGUAUGAACUUGGCUUCAUGCGAAAAAAUUAAAACAUUCUGUUACUACGGGGAUCAAUCAGAACCACAUUUUUUACCCAGCUUCCGCUGCAUCCAAAAUUUGCUUUUGUAUUCCCGUAGCGAAAAGUGGAGGCUGUCAGUUCCAUCCUUGAGGAGCUUGGCAUUACAAUCUGACUGUGACCUAGAUGAAAUCGAUAUCUAUGCCCCUAAUUUGCAUUUGUUCGAGUAUUCUGGCUAUUGUAAUUUUUAUGGGCAAAAGCGGCUUUCAACUCCUUUUAAAAAGGAGGAUUCGGCCCAUGCAACUGCAUUUAUGGGAGACUUCGAGUCAUUUCUUUAUGUUGACAGUAUUUGGUUUAAGAAGUUGAGGUUCUUUCUGGGCAAGUAUCAAGGAAUCGAAGUUUUGAAGCUGCGUAUUGGUGUGAAUGAGGAGGGCAUAAAUGCUUAUCAAUUAAUGGAGAUCAAGUCACAACCUUAUGAUCUCAAGCAUCUGCAAGUAGAAUUUUGUGAUUUGCAAGAUUUUGAAGAUGUUGUAGAUGCCUUACUUUGGUGUUGCCGGCCGCUAUCACUAACCUUAAGACUAGAAGGUAUUUGGCUGAAAAAUCGAAGGCUUUAUAGACUCAAACAUCCAUACGAGAAGCUAUUGAAACAAGAAGAUCGAGGCCAAUUCAAAAUUAGGUUUGUCUUGACUCAAGGUUUGGAAGCCAAACAACAAUUCACUGACUUGAAUUUGUUGGCCGAAGCAUUACAUUGUGACACAUACCCAAACACAAUAACCUUUAUAAAGGAAAAAGUUGUUGAAUAAGCACGGGAUAAUAACGGAACAAUCAAAGCUGUGCAAGUCUCGACAUUUGAACAUUCGUUGGAUUUAGCAACACGCUUUUAUUUGAGCAUGGGUCUCUAAGUAUAACUCACUUCUUGUCUUUACGUUUUUAUGUUAAAAUUUGUUGAGACAAACUUUUAUAUGAUUACUUUUGGUUUAUUAGAUAGAAUUGAAGUAAAUGCGGUGGAUUUUUUAACACAGUAAUUAUUGUUGUGUA